AGAUGGAUGCCGCCCUCCGCAGCGGUGGACGGCUCCAUGGAGGCGGGCGACGACGAGGAGUCUAGUCCGGAAUCGGGCAGCAGCGAUCCCCCCAUCAGCGUAGGUUCCGAGGACAGCGCCGGUGGCGUGCUGGGCGGCGGGCUGGGCGGCCUUGGAGAACGUGAGCGUGCCGUCUCGCCGCCGGAAGGCUCCGUGUUGAUUGGUGGCGGCAACAGCGUGUCCGAAGAUGACAUUCUCAACGAGUCCGAGGAAGACGAGCUGUCGGACGAGGACAUUGGUGGAUCUGGACGUCACCAACCCGGCAGUGACUUCGAUUUCUGAGGAAAACUCGAGGUUCACUGGGGGAAGGUUGCUU